CGCCAAAACUACUCCGCCCCUCUCAAGAUGGCGAUGAGCUCAAUACGGAAGGCGCGUGGGUGCUGGAGCUUCAUCCGGGCACUUCAUAAAGGACCCGACGCGGCUCAUGCUCCCCAGAAAGAAGCCGUGGAGCGAGUGUUCUCUGGCAUUCAGCCUACGGGAAUCCCCCACCUCGGCAAUUACCUGGGAGCCAUUGAGACGUGGGUGAGGCUGCAGGAGACGCAGGGCUCCGUGCUCUACAGCGUGGUUGACCUGCAUUCCAUCACCGUCCCCCAAGGCCCGGCUGCCCUUCAGCAGAGCAUCCUGGACAUGACUGCUGUUCUUCUCGCCUGUGGCAUCGACCCAGAGAAAAGCAUCCUUUUCCAACAAUCUCAGGUGCCUGAACACACACAGUUGAGUUGGAUCCUUACCUGCCUAGUCAGACUGCCCCGGUUACAGCAUUUACACCAGUGGAAGGCCAAGACUGCCACCCAGAAGCAUGGUGGAACCGCGGGCCUGCUCACGUACCCAGUGCUCCAGGCAGCUGACAUUCUGUUGUACAAGUCCACACACGUUCCUGUCGGGGAGGAUCAAGUCCAGCACAUGGAGCUAGUUCAGGAUCUAGCACAAACGUUUAACAAGAAGUAUGGGGAGUUCUUCCCAGUGCCCAAAUCGAUCCUGACACCGAUGAAGAAGGUAAAAUCCCUCCGUGAUCCUGCCGCCAAAAUGUCCAAAUCAGACCCCGAUAAACUGGCCACUGUCAGAAUAACGGACAGCGCGGAGGAGAUUGUGCAGAAAUUCCGCAAGGCUGUGACAGACUUCACGUCGGAGGUGACCUACGAGCCGGCCCACCGGCCGGGGGUCUCCAACCUGGUGGCUAUUCACGCGGCAGUGACCCGCAUCCCCGUGGAGGAGGCGGUCCGCUGUGGGGCCGGCAUGGACACCGCCCGCUACAAGCUGCUGGUGGCCGACGCUGUGAUUGAGAAGUUUGCGCCCAUCAAGAGGGAAAUUGAAAAACUGAAGAUGGACAGGGGCCAUUUAGAGAAGGUGCUGCAGGCUGGGUCAGCAAAAGCCAAAGAAUUAGCACAGCCCGUGUGCCAGGAGGUGAGGAAGCUGGUCGGGUUUCUGUAGGAAGCUUUAAUCGCAGAGAAAGGGGUUUAUGUCUUGUGGGCUGUGCACUCCAAUAAAGGCAGCUUUCCUCACAUAGGAAAA